CUCCUUUGCUCUUACUGUUUUCCCUUCAAUUUCACAGAUACCCAUCUUUAAGUUUCUCUCUCUGUAGCUAAAUUGCUUCCUCUUUCCGUAUCUGUUGCUGUGUAUAUGUACGCGUGUGGCAGAGUGUGAAGGAAAAAAAAGCAGAGAAGGGAUUUGAAGAGAACAGAGACCAAAAACUCGAUAAAGUUCUGUUUUUGAGUUGAAAAAGGCUCCAAAGAAGAGCAGCAGUACCAAAAGUAGCACAGAAUCUGAAAAAUGGGUGUCUUUCUCUUGCCACUUUUAGCUGGGGUUUCUCUCUCUGCUGCUGCUCUACUCUGACUAGGGUUUUGAAUGGGCUAUUUAUUGUUCUGAAAUCAAUGUUCUUUUGUUUGUUUAUUUGACUGCUUCUAUUGGAACCUUUUGCAGCUUUUUAUGAACUUUCUUUUCUGAGUUUCUUAGUCUUGGAGGGUAGCUUUCUUUCGCUGUAAUUUUGGUCCUCUUCAAUUUGACUUGUUGGGUAGCUUUUGAAAUGGUAGCAAUUCAACUUCUGUGAUCCUUGGAACAUAUUCUGGAACCUAGGGGUUUCAGUUGGAGCAACAUUGGGUCUUAAGCCAAUUAAUUGAAGUGGGUUUUUCUACUUAGCUGUGAAUGUUUGGCUUCAGACAAUUUCUUUUUAUUUGGAUUGAAAUUGAGCUUUUGAGGGAAUAUCUGCAUCACUGUGAAUUGUCAAGUUUCUUAUGUUGUGAGUUUACACUUCCUGGUUUCAGUUGAACUUUUUUGUGAAGAAUUCUAUAGACAAUUACUGAUAGCUCAAACACAAUUGUGAGAGGAGGCAUCUACUGUUGGCUAAUUUUUCUAUUCUUUUCAAGAAGAGAUGGAAAUGGGUGACAAAGACAAAUUUGAGCUAGAGAAGAGUGAUAAUCAUGUUAACUACCAUUCACCUGAUAGUAUGCCAUCAGACUGGCGAUUUAGCAGUGCCAAUAUCGCAAAUUCGUCUCUGGGUUUGGUUCCCACUGAUAAUCAGAUGCCAGUUUGCAGGGAAGAUCUAGUUGGCGUGUCUUCUUGCUCUUCUGCUUCUAUGGUGGACUCUUUUGGUCCAGGGCUUUGGGACCACACCACAAAUCCACAGAACUUGGGAUUUUCUGAGGUUAGUGUCCAGAAUAACGCAAGCACAUCAAACCCAAUAGGGAUUAGAAAAAGCGGUCCCGCUUCUUUGAGAACUGGCCUUGUUAAAACGCUGGAUAUUGGGUGGAAUCCACCAAGCUCCAUGCUGAAAGGUGGCAUUUUCUUACCAACUGCCCCUGGGGUGCUCCCACAGAGCUUGUCUCAGUUUCCUGCAGAUUCUGCAUUCAUUGAGCGUGCUGCUAGAUUUUCCUGCUUCAAUGGUGGCAAUUUUAGUGAUAUCGUGAACCCUUUUGGAAUUCCAGAGUCUAUGCAUCUUUAUUCCAGGGGUGGGGGAAUGAUGCAAGGACCACAAGAUGUUUUUGCAGGUAGUGAGUUGAAAUCAGUAUCUGGCGGACAAGGUCAGAAGAAUGUUGGAGAUGCUCCUUUGUCAGUUGAACAUGUGGCUAUUGAAGGGAGCCCACUGAACACUCAGAAAAAAAGUGGGAGCCUUGUAAGAUCUCAUGAUGAAGCAAAACAAGGCCUUGGUGGGUCUGGUAAUGAGUCUGAGGCAGCUGAAUUCAGUGGUGGUGGCCGUCAAGAUGAGCCAUCUAUGUUGGAAGGAAAUGGUGGGGAACUGACUGCUAAGAGCCUUGCCUCAAAGAAAAGGAAAAGGAAUGGGCAGGAUACUGAAAUUGAUCAGGCCAAGGGAACCCAACAAUCUAGCCCUGAAGUUCAACAGAAAGGAGAGGAAAACCCAAUUUCAACUCCUAAUAAAACUACUGGAAAACAAAGUAAACAAGGAUCUCAAGCUUCUGAUCCACCAAAACAAGAAUAUAUUCAUGUUAGAGCUCGAAGAGGUCAAGCAACAAACAGUCAUAGCCUUGCAGAAAGAGUUAGAAGAGAAAAGAUCAGUGAAAGGAUGAAGUUUCUGCAAGACCUUGUACCUGGUUGCAGCAAGGUUACAGGCAAGGCGGUUAUGCUAGAUGAAAUUAUCAACUACGUGCAAUCGUUGCAACGGCAGGUUGAGUUUCUAUCAAUGAAACUAGCAACAGUGAAUCCAAGGCUGGAUGUCAGCAUAGAAGGUUUGCUCGCAAAGGAUAUACUGCAUUCAAGGGCAGUUCCACCAUCUACUCUGGCAUUUUCACCAGAGGUGCCUAUGGUUUAUCCCCCAUUUAAUGCAUCUCAACCAGGACUUAUUCAACCUUCUUUUCCUGGCAUGGAGAGCCAUUCUGACGUGCUCCGGAGAGCCAUUAAUUCCCAACUGAUACCGAUGACUGGAGGAUUCAAGGAGCCUACUCAGCUACCGAGUGCUUGGGACGAUGAGCUCCACAAUGUUGUCCAGAUGAGCUAUGUAACCAGUGCUCCACAAGAUGGCCAAGAUAUUAAUGGAUCACUGCCACCAGGCCAUAUGAAAGCUGAACUUUAAUUAUUCACUUUAUCUUUUAGUUAGACAAAGUAUGGUUAUGGUUGCCCCGCUAAUUCUUAGGAUAAAAAGGGAUGAAGACGGGAUUCUCUUCAAAGGUACGGCGGCUGAUAAAGGGAGAUGCUUCUAAGCCCCAGCUUCAAAGGUUUGAGGAUUAGUUGCAUGUCCAAAGCAAGAAGGUUCUGAGAGCUUAAGAGGGAAAUGGCCAUUUGCCUUGAUGAUUCUGUUAUGUGAACUUUAAAUUAUUAGAUUCCAAGGACAGUGGUCAUGGAAUAUGAUGCUCUGAUGCAAGAAUGUAAUGUAUAGAUUGAUGCUCCGAGGAUCUGAUGAAUAUAGGCUUAAUAGAGAAGCUCAUGUAUUUGUCUGAAAUGAAAUGAGCUCUGUAAUUUAUAAAACAAUGGAAACCAUGUUGGUGUCUGAUCAUAUAUGUUCCAGUUACGUGUAUACUACUACUACAUGAAAUUAAGGAUUAUUCCAGUUCGAUA